AUCUGGCCAGAGCCUCUCCCCUCCCGGCUUUAAAACGGCGUGAUCAUAGCAGCCUCUGCAACUGCAAGCAAAGCCACCGGCCGGAGAGGGAAGAGAGAAAAGAGAAAGCUAGCUGCCUUUGGGCCAUGGGGGAGUUCAAGCACCUUUGCAUGGCCAAGUUCAAGGAAGGCGUCGUGGUGGACGACAUCAUCCAGGAGCUCACCAAGCUCGCCGCGGAGCUCGACACCGUCAAAUACUUCGGGUGGGGCAAGGACGUGCUGAACCAGGAGGCGCUCACGCAGGGCUUCACCCACGUCUUCGUGAUGACGUUCGCCAGCGCCGAGGACCUGGCGGCGUGCAUGAGCCAUGAGAAACACUCUGCGUUUGCCGCCACCUUCAUGGCCGCACUCGACAAGGUGGUCGUCAUGGACUUCCCCUUAGUCUUUGUCAAGCCGGCGCCGCCGCUUGCUUGAUCCACCUCCAGUAUCACUACCAAUAACUAUUUUUGAAACGGGGGCAAAAGCUUUGCCUCUACCAACAACUAUCACCAAGCAUGGAUGUGCCAGCCAACUAUCUAUGUGCUGCAGCUCUGGUGUACGUGAGCGGCCGAGCCUCCUUUCUCUGCUUGUCCGGUUGCUUCAGUGUUUAGCUGGUGCAGCUGCCUGUAGGACUGUAAUCUGUAAUGCCGCGUGUUCCCUUGAAAAGUUGUUUGGCUAUCUACUCUACCCUUGAAUGAACUUCUGCGAUUUUCA